AUGGAUGCAAUGAUAGCCAAAGCCCCGGCGGAUCCCGAGACUGUUGCUGAGGAUGUUGAGCACCUCAGUCUAUCUCCAUUUGGUCCUGCGAGAGCUUCUAUAACCGAACAUCCUCUCAGCAGCGAUGAGGUACAGAAGAUGACUGACUAUUUCCAUGCCUCUCUUUACAUGUGUCUGGGCAUGAUCUACCUCCGGAGGAAUCCUCUUCUCCGUGAGCCACUCACACUCGAUCACAUCAAGCGACGAUUGUUAGGACAUUGGGGCUCGGAUGCUGGACAGAGUUUCACAUAUAUCCACAUGAACCGUCUCAUCAAGAAAUAUGACUUGGACGCCCUCUUCAUCUCCGGUCCUGGCCAUGGUGCUCCAGCCGUUUUGUCAAAUAGCUAUCUUGAAGGAGUCUACUCUGAAGUGUAUCCUCAAAAGGGAGAGAAUGAGGAGGGCUUGAGGCGCUUCUUCAAAUACUUCUCUUUCCCAGGCGGAAUUGGAUCCCAUGCUACCCCCGAAACGCCUGGCAGUUUACACGAAGGUGGUGAGCUUGGCUACUCCAUCUCCCAUGCUUUUGGUGCAGUAUUCGACCACCCUGAUUUGAUUGCUCUUACAAUGGUCGGAGAUGGCGAGUCUGAGACUGGCCCUCUGGCUACGAGCUGGCACUCGACAAAGUUCCUCAAUCCAAUUACCGAUGGCGCUGUUUUGCCCGUACUACAUUUGAAUGGCUACAAGAUCAACAACCCCACUGUACUUGCUCGUAUCAGCCACAAAGAACUUGAGUCACUAUUUAUCGGCUACGGAUGGACUCCUUAUUUUGUUGAGGGUAGUGACAUUCCCUCUAUGCACCAAGCCAUGGCGGCCACUAUGGAACGCUGUGUGAACAAGAUUCGUGAAUACCAAAAGCAGGCAAGAGACUCGGGCAAAGCCUUUAGACCUCGUUGGCCCAUGAUCGUUCUCCGCACGCCCAAGGGAUGGACCGGCCCCAGCAAGGUUGACGGUGACCAUUUCUUGGAAGGCUUUUGGCGCUCGCACCAAGUCCCUCUCACAAACGUGUUGAAGGACAAAUCUCAACUCAAGCUGCUCGAGGAAUGGAUGCGUAGCUAUGAGCCUGACAAGCACUUCGACAAGGACGGCAAGCUUAUUCCUGAGCUCAGGGAGUUGGCGCCAACAGGCAAUAGGAGGAUGAGUGCCAACCCUGUUGCGAAUGGUGGCUCAAUCCGCAACAAGCUUCACAUGCCUGAUUUCCGCGAAUACUCUGUCGAGGUCACAAAGGGUGGCGUUGCAAAGGUGGGAAGUAUGAGUAACUUCGCCAACUUCCUCCGUGACGUGAUCAAGCUGAAUCCAAAGGACUUUCGCCUUUUUGGACCUGAUGAAACACAAUCUAACAAGCUUGGUAAUGUGUAUGAAGCGGGACAGAAAGUGUGGAUGGGCGAGUACCUCGAUAUGGAUAAGGAUGAUGGCAACUUGGCACAUGAAGGCCGGGUAAUGGAAAUGCUAUCUGAACACACUGUAGAGGGUUGGCUCGAAGGCUAUAUCCUCUCUGGAAGGCACGGAUUGCUCAACAGCUACGAGCCCUUUAUUCACAUCAUCGACUCCAUGGUCAACCAGCACUGCAAGUGGAUUGAGAAGUGCCUCGAGGUCGAAUGGAGGCAAAAGGUUGCAUCGCUCAACAUUCUCCUCACAUCAACCGUCUGGCGUCAAGACCACAACGGAUUUACCCAUCAAGAUCCCGGUUUCCUCGACGUAGUAGCAAAUAAGAGCCCCGAAGUUGUCCGCAUAUACCUCCCACCAGACGCCAACUGCCUCCUCUCAACAAUGGACCACUGCCUCCGCAGUGAAAACUACGUCAACGUCAUCGUCGCCGACAAGCAAGAGCACCUCCAAUACCUUACCAUGGACCAAGCCAUCGCCCACUGCACCAAAGGCGUCGGCAUCUGGGAAUGGGCCAGCAACGACAAAGGCGAAGAACCAGACAUCGUCAUGGCCUCCUGUGGCGACGUCUCAACCCACGAAUCCCUCGCCGCCACCGCCCUCCUCCGCACACACCUGCCCGACCUCAAAAUCCGCUUCGUCAACGUCGUCGACCUCUUCAAACUCAUCGACGAUUCGCAGCACCCCCACGGCCUCAAGGCUCACGAGUACAAGGCUAUCUUCACAGACAACGUGCCCUGCAUUUUCAACUUCCAUUCCUACCCGUGGCUCGUCCACCGCCUUACCUACGGCCGCAAAGGGCAGCAGAACUUGCUUGUGCGGGGUUAUAGGGAGAAGGGAAACAUCGAUACGCCGCUUGAGCUUGCGAUUCGCAAUGGAACCGAUCGUUAUAGUUUGGCGAUUGAUGCGCUGGAUAAUAUCCCUAGCUUGGGUAAUAAGGGCGCGGCGACAAGGGAGAAGCUGCUUGAUGAGCAGAUUAAGGCGAGGAAUUAUGCGUUCCAUGAGGGCGUGGAUCCCAAGGAGACGGAGGAGUGGGUUUGGCCUUUUUAG